GGAGCCCACUGGAGUUCGUGGAUGUGUGGUCCGAGGCGGGCGGACCGCCGGUGAUCACAGCGUCCCGGGUCCGACCGAGUCCUGGGGGCUCCGGCUCCGUCCUGCGGGGGUCGCGGCAGGGCGAGCGCAGCCGCUGCAGGUCCGGCACCAUGUGCUAGGUCACUCCCAGCGGGAGGCCACACCCUGGGCCAUCGGAGCAGCCCCUCCUCACUUCAGGGGUCACCCUCCCCACCACCCACUGCCCCACCAUGGCCGGGGACCGGCUCCCAAGGAAGGUGAUGGAUGCCAAGAAGCUGGCCAGCCUGCUGCGGGGCGGGCCUGGGGGACCACUGGUCAUCGACAGCCGUUCCUUCGUGGAAUACAACAGCUGGCACGUGCUGAGCUCCGUCAACAUCUGCUGCUCCAAGCUGGUGAAGCGGCGGCUGCAGCAGGGCAAGGUGACCAUCGCAGAGCUCAUCCAGCCGGCCACACGCAGCCAGGUGGAGGCAUCAGAGCCGCAGGACGUGGUGGUUUAUGACCAGAGCACGCGGGACGCCAGCGUGCUGGCAGCAGACAGCUUCCUCUCCAUCCUGCUGAGCAAGCUGGAUGGCUGUUUCGACAGUGUGGCCAUCCUCACAGGCGGCUUCGCCACCUUCUCCUCCUGCUUCCCCGGCCUCUGCGAGGGCAAGCCUGCUGCCCUGCUACCCAUGAGCCUCUCCCAGCCCUGCCUGCCCGUGCCCAGCGUGGGACUGACCCGCAUCCUGCCUCACCUCUACCUGGGCUCGCAGAAAGACGUCCUCAACAAGGAUCUCAUGACGCAGAAUGGAAUAAGCUACGUCCUCAACGCCAGCAACUCCUGCCCCAAGCCCGACUUCAUCUGCGAGAGCCGCUUCAUGCGGGUCCCCAUCAAUGACAACUACUGUGAGAAGCUGCUGCCCUGGCUGGACAAGUCCAUCGAGUUCAUCGAUAAAGCCAAGCUGUCCAGCUGCCAAGUCAUCGUUCACUGUCUGGCCGGCAUCUCGCGCUCCGCCACCAUCGCCAUCGCCUACAUCAUGAAGACCAUGGGCAUGUCCUCUGACGACGCUUACAGGUUCGUGAAGGACCGGCGCCCGUCCAUCUCGCCCAACUUCAACUUCCUGGGCCAGCUGCUGGAGUACGAGCGCAGCCUGAAGCUGCUGGCCGCCCUGCAGAGCGACACGGGCACCCCGUCAGGGACGCCGGAGCCUCCGCCCGGCCCCGCACCCGGGGCCCCGCUGCCACGGCUGCCACCACCUACCUCAGAGAGCGCUGCCACCGCCAGGGAGGGCGGCCCGAGCGCGGGCGGGGAGCCCCCGGCGGCCCCUGCCACCAGCGCGCUGCAGCAGGGCCUGCGCGGCCUGCACCUCUCCUCCGACCGCCUGCAGGACACCAACCGCCUCAAGCGCUCCUUCUCGCUGGACAUCAAGUCGGCCUACGCGCCCAGCCGGCGCCCCGAUGGCCCCGGGCCCCCCGACCCCGGCGAGGCCCCGAAGCUCUGCAAGUUGGACAGUCCGUCGGGGGCCGCGCUGGGCCUGCCCUCGCCCAGCCCGGACAGCCCGGACUCCGCGCCCGAGGCUCGCCCGCGGCCCCGCCGGCGGCCCCGGCCCCCCGCCGGCUCCCCGGGGCGCUCCCCCGCGCACGGCCUGGGCCUGAACUUCGGCGACGCGGCCCGGCAGACUCCGCGGCACGGCCUCUCGGCCCUGUCGGCGCCCGGGCUGCCCGGCCCCGGCCAGCCAGCCAGCCCUGGGGCCUGGGCGCCGCCGCUCGAUUCCCCGGGCACACCGUCGCCCGACGGGCCGUGGUGCUUCAGCCCCGAGGGCGCGCAGGGAGCGGGCGGUGCACGGUUUGCGCCCUUCAGUCGGGCGGGCGCGCCGGGACCAGGCGGCAGCAGUGGCGGCGACCUGCGGCGGCGGGAGGCGGCUAGGGCCGAGCCCCGGGACGCGCGGACGGGCUGGCCCGACGAGCCGGCCCCGGAGACGACGCAGUUCAAGCGCCGCAGCUGCCAGAUGGAGUUCGAGGAGGGCAUGGUGGAGGGGCGCGCGCGCGGCGAGGAGCUGGCCGCCCUGGGCAAGCAGGCGAGCUUCUCGGGCAGCGUGGAGGUCAUCCAGGUGUCCUGACCCCUCCGCCGGGCCCGUUAUACAUAUAUAUUAUAUAUAAUGCAAAGAAAGGUAAAUGGUUUUACUGCGAUUUUUAUCGAGAAGUAAAUAUUUCGAUUUUUUAUUUAUUUAAGCUGUUCAUUCUGGCAAUGAUUGGCAACAGCGCGGGUGGUCCUCGAGCUCUAUUUUUACUGUCUGGUAUUUAAACUGAAACACACGUUUCUAAGCAAUACGAGGCCACCUUCAGUCGCAAGCUGGGUGCCAGGCCUGGGGCCCCCCCAGUUCCCCCGCCCCAGGAAACACUGCUGACCUUUGCAAAGGCUGCCGAGCUUUCGUGCACUUUUUACAUAAGAAAAAGGUGAAAAAGAAAAAAAAAACUUCUUUGCCACAAACUGAGCCGCAGAACCCCCCUUCUUUCCCCACCCACCUCCUCUGCUCUCUCCCUUCUCUAUGCCUGCCUCGGGCUCUGCACCAAAGCCAUAGGUUUGGGGAGCAGGAGCUGAUGUGCCCCAGAGAGGCGCAGCCAGCCUCCACCAGCUCCAGGUGCCAAAUCUUGGUGGCAGGGAGGGCACCUGGCCGCCCGUUGCCUGGAGCUGCCCCGGAGCUGCCGGGGUGGACGGGCAUUGGGCCUCGUGGUACCAGCAUGUUCAGAGGGGCUGAGGAAUAGAACAGUGUGUGUAGGGUCUUGGGGCCGGGGCUUCUGGAGCGUCAGAUGAGGUGGAGCCCGGGGAGGAUGUGGGUGUUCAUGCCCCCACUCCUGCCAGAGCCCUGGUCCAGCCACAGGGUGGCCCAGAAAGGCCAUUCCCAGAGGGCUGCUGCCCUUCCCUCUCCCUUGCCCAUGCCCCAGAGCUGCCUGCCGGGCAGGGCAGCAUCACUGCAGGAGAGGAGCUUAGCCUCGGGGUCAGGCAGGAGGGGCCCGGCUAGCCUGUGUUGGGUGCACUAGGCAGGGAGCCCUGGACCCCUAGGUAUGGGGAGGGGGUAGUCUGAUGGUCCUGUUCCAGGCCAGUCCCCACCUAGCAAGGCCCCAGGCAGGACUUGGAAUUCAGGUGUGCACCUGCAGGCUGGGGGCUCCGUGAGCAGGUGCCGCCUGGCACAGGGCGAGUCGGUGCCGGCCCAGCCCCCAUACUUCCAGUAGGCCUGAUAAAGCCCCUGAUUCGAGCAGGCGCAGGACAAGCCCCCUUGUCUGCCCUGAGCCCCAUGGGGACCUCUCAGGAGAGAAACUCCCUUGCACCCUUCCCCAGGGCGCUCUCCGGGUAUCUUCUAGGUGGCAUGCCAGCCCCCAAACACAGGUGGCUUUUGGGCCCAGGUGGGUCAGCUGGCUGCCCCUGCCACAUACCCUCUCAGGCCACUGGGACCCCUGCCCUUCAGAUAUCCUGGGGUCUAGCAGUGGGACCAGUCACCGUGGGAAGAGGCUAGGGGUUCUCUGGGCAGGAGGGGUGGUCCAGGCAGGACCCCGUCAAGAGUCCUGGAGCAGGGCCAGGGAGGUGCCCACCCCGCCCUGCCCAGCCACCCUCUCUGCUGUUUCUUCUGUUUGUUCUUUUCCCCCACAGCCCUGUGUUCCUGUCAUCCCUCCUUUCAGCAAAAUCCUGUUCCCUCUGUCCCCACCCACUCGUGUUCCCCAAGAAAAUAAGCUAUCAUUGUUGUAUUUGCAAUCUAUGGAUUAGAGGUUUAAGUAUUUAUUAUUAUUGGUUAAUUAUUAUUAUUAAUUAUGUAAAUUUGCCUCCCGUCUGUCUGUUGCGUUGGGUUUCUGAGGUGACCCUGGGUGUGGAGGAUGCACUGGCUCCCGAUUCUUGCCCCCCAACCCCUAUGCUGUCUGGGAGACUGUAGUCUGGGGCCACUGGUUGGGCCCCCCUCCUCCCCUCCCCUCGUCCCUUCUCCAGCGAAUGGGGGAUCUGUCUGUCUCAGUCUGUCUCUGCUCCCGCUCUUGAGGCACUGGUCACCCCGAAGUGAGCAGCCAGGGUGGGGAAGAAGGUCCUGUCUCGGCCACUGCCGCCUCCAGUGCUUCAGGAGGCAGGCCAGGGCCCCAUCCUGCUGGCUUUCUCCCACCUGGGCCUGGAGUCCUCCCCAAGCCUCUCCCGCCCCUCCCGCCCAGCCACUGCCUGGCAUUGGGAAUGCCUCACAAUGCACCCGGCCCCUCCUGUCAUUUGCUGGGAAGUCCAGCGGAGGAGUGGGUGCAGGUCCCCAGCCGACCCUCCCUCCAGUCUCUGUGGACUGGGCUGCCGGCCCUCCAGCCCCCCAGCUCCCCUUGGGGCCCCUCCCUCCGCGGCCGCACCUUCCGCUCCCGGCCCUUCCUUUGUAUUUGGAGACAAUGUGUUGUAAUAAAGCUUAAAGUGGAUGUUUUC